AUGACCCAAAGUGCAAGCAAUGGUCCCACUCCAUCCAGGUUUGUUUUCCUGAGCGAAAUACCUUCGCUCCCAGCAGCGACCAAGGUGAGAUUUCUGGGCUGCGUGGUCGAUUACGAUAGCCUCUCCGGUAGACUUCUACUCGAACAUGCCUUUCCGAAGGCCGCGCAGCCGGGCCCUCAUGCACUGAUCGACGUCAAUCUCAUCCUAGAGAGCACACCUUCGUCGGUGCUUGAAAGAGGCAGGUGGGUCAAUGUUAUUGGAUAUGUUCAGAAUGCCCACCAAGGAGGUCGGAAGCGCAAGGCUACCCAGCUCCAUAAUAAGGACCUCCCGGUGUUUGUGCAGGCAAUCUUGAUGUGGGAUGCCGGUCCGCUCAGAAUAGCGGACUAUGAAGCAACAUUGGAGGAACAAAUUCAGAUGCAUCGGCAGAUUGAACGCAGGAAUAAGUGA